AGCCCUGUCUUUGGACUAUCGCCAUUUUCUGUCUACGAUUCUACGCUUUACGUUCCGGAGAUCGCGGCGAGAUUACGAGAUAUGUCCUCAGCAAGCGGUGACGAGGCCGAGGUCGCACUGGUCGAACCAGUGAGACGCACCAGGUCGGGCCGAGCACGAAAAACAGCGGUGGUAGCCAAGAAAUCACCUGUGAAGAAACUCCUCGCCCGGGCGACACGUUUCCCGAAGAAGAUCCAUGAGAUCGAAGAGGUUGAGGAGGAAACUACAUCUACAUUAGAGGAAAGUAUGAUUGAAAAUAUGUCUGAGAACGGAGUUCAACGAUUAACUGACGUUAUUGUGGAGCAACGCAGUGAGGAAGAUACUCCCAUGUUGCAUUUGGAAUUGGAGGAUUCUGAAGAUGCCAAUAUUCAUGAAAUAAGCAUUAGUCAAAGCGAAGAAAUAGAGCAAGAUGUUGAAGAUAUGCGGCAUUCCAAUAUAAGAUCAGAAGGCAUAAUUAUAGAAGAAAGUAGCAUGGACAAAGAAGAGAUGCUGGCUGAACGUGGAGACAUCGAGAUGGAAGAUCAAGACAUGAGUAACGAUGACUCGAAUCAACAACGUGUGCUGAUAGAUUUUCAAGAAGUUAUUAAUGAAGAUGGCAAUACAAUGACACAAGAGAUUCUAGAGGCGGAAGAAGUAGAUUCGGAGAACAUGUCGGCGCAUACUGGGAUCCAAAUUAUGGAAAUCGAUGACUCACAGCAAGAAAUAUCAGAAGUUACAGAGACAGUGAUAGGCAAGGUAGAAGAACCCGAUAUGGAAGUAUCACAGAGUGAUUCUUUGCCACGUAUAGAAAUAACUGAGGCUGAAAACGAAGUGGAAUACACAAAUGAAGAUGACGCAAAGAAAAUUGAGCCUGAUACAGAAGCUGUGUCAGAGGAUGAAUUACCGACUGAAGCCGCGGCCAAGGAACCAGAGACUGAAGCAGUUUCUGACGAAGAACUGCCAGUUGCUGCUCCAGCAGAUUUGGGCGAGACAGAGUCUGUGUCCGAAGAUGAAUUACCACCGGACAGUGAAAAAAAGAAAAAGAGCGCAGCAAAAUUGAUGGGCAAAGUGACGGACAAAAAAAUCAAAACAGAAGGUGGAACCAAACGUAAAUUGAAUGCGGAAGGAGAAUACGAUCCCAGUUCUCCGACAUCUGAAAACAAUGACGAAGCACCAGCAAAAAAAGUUGCUUUGUCAAGCGAAGCAGAUGCAGGAGAUAAACAAGAAAUCAAACCAGCAUCGCCAAAAAAGAAAACAUUGCCCGAACUAGAGAAAUAUUGGAAAGCCGUUAACGAAGAUCCAUCUGACUUCACAGGAUGGACAUAUCUUUUACAAUAUGUGGAUCAAGAAAAUGAUGCGGAGGCCGCGCGCGAAGCUUAUACGAAAUUCUUGGAGCGUUAUCCAUAUUGCUACGGUUACUGGAGAAAAUUUGCCGAUUACGAGAAGAAGAAGGGCAACCCCGAAAAUGUCCAAACGGUGUUCGACCAAGGUCUGAAAGCUAUUUCGUUAAGUGUCGACCUCUGGCUCCAUUACAUCAACCACUGUAAAACCGUCUAUGAGAAAGAUGAAGAAACCCUCCGGGAGCAGUAUGAGCGAGCCAUACAAGCUUGCGGGCUUGAAUUCAGAUCGGAUCGUCUCUGGGAGAGUUACAUAAAGUGGGAAUUAGAAGGGAAACGUUUGAGCAAAGUGACAGCACUCUACGAUCGUUUACUGUCGACACCUACUCUUGGCUAUAUUUCCCACUUCGAAGCCUUCCAGGAAUUCGUGUCGUCCAAUUUGCCGAAUCGUAUUCUAAGUGUGGACGAUUUUCUCGCACUACGCGCCGAAGUAAAGGCCCUUCUUAAGUCGGAUGAUACCACCGCAACGUCUGCCGCUGAUGACGCACCACCCGGCGAGGAACCGCCACCCCACGAAAUACCACCUACUGACGAGGAAACACGUGCCAUCCGUGAGAAAAUCAUCAGCAGUAGGCGCAAAAUGCACAAAGCGAACGUCAAUGCGGUGGCAGCGAGAUGGUCAUACGAAGAAGGGAUAAAGAGACCAUACUUCCAUGUAAAACCAUUGGAACGAUGCCAAUUGAAAAACUGGAAGGAGUACCUAGACUUCGAGAUCGAGCAAAAGGAUCAGAAUCGAAUAAUCAUCUUAUUCGAGAGAUGUCUUAUAGCUUGUGCACUUUAUGAUGAGUUUUGGAUGCGAUUUGUGCGCUAUUUGGAAUCGCUGAAGGGAGAUAACACUGAAAAGAUCCGAGACGUAUAUUCGAGAGCUUGUAUGGUUCAUCAUCCAAAGAAGCCAAACUUGCAUUUACAAUGGGCUAUAUUCGAGGAGGGUCAAGAUAACUUCGAGAAAGCCGCUACUAUAUUAGAAAAUAUUGAUAAUGUAUUACCGAAUAUGCUACAAGUGGCGUAUCGACGAAUAAAUUUGGAGCGUCGUCGUGGAGAUUUAGAGAAAGCGUGUACCUUGUACGAAAAUUAUAUUAGUAAUAGUAAGAACAGGACAAUCGCCAAUAAUAUUGCUGUGAAAUAUGCCAGAUUCUUGUGUAAAGUUAAGAAUGACGUGGAUAAGGCGAUUAAAGUGUUGAUGAAGGCCACAGAUAAAGAUAAGGAUAAUCCCAGAUUAUAUCUGCAAUUAAUUGAUUUGGCAAUGCAACGAACACCAGUUGACACUCAAGAAAUAGUAGGUUACAUGGAUAUGUUUAUAGAAAGAGAACAUGCGGAUCUUGAGCAGAGAGUACUCUUUGCGCAACGCAAAGUCGAAUUCCUGGAAGAUUUCAGCCCCGAUAUCCGACAAGUGUUAAAAGCUCACGAACAGUUUCAGAAAUGCAUCAAACAAGCGAAAGAGAGGAAGAAGACGAAGAGUGACGACAAUAAAACCGAUUCUUCGCCUCCGAAGAAGAAAACUGAUCAAUCAAAUGUGCCACCUCCACCAUCCGUGGGCUCACAGUCUUCGUAUCAAUACAGCAGCGGUCCGAGCGGGCCGUAUCAGUCGCAACAGCAGUUCCAAGGUGGACAAUAUGGUGGUCAAGGCAGUUAUCAACAAAGUUACCCGCAGUAUCCACCUCCGUCAGAUCCCAAUUAUGCCAACUAUCAAAAUUGGCAAUACGGUCAAGGCGGACCACAAACUUACGGACCUUACAAUCAAUGGGGAUCUUAUAAUUAUUACUAAUACCAAUCACGUAAUCGUCCCUAAGAACUAUCAUACUGUUAAGUGUGUCUACUGUACAUUUUUUAGCGUUUUAUUCUACCAAUUUCGAAGUCAAGAAGAAGGAAUUAUUGUUUAAGUACCUUGGUAUCAUUCUCUCUGACAUGUGAGAGCUUAUAUGCCGAGCAUCUCUCUAUACAUAUAUGUAUAUCAAUAAUUGACAUCUUGCACGAAUAUUUACUGUAUGUAUUGUGAAUAAACUGUAUACCAUUAACAGAAUUUUAUUUCUGGCAUAUUUAUAUUAUUUUAUUGCAUUCAAAAUUAAUUUAACGAUUAAUGAUUGCUCAUUGUUAAUCUUAGAUAAUAAUCUCCACAAUUUUUAGAAACAUUUCAAGUCGUUUGUAUAACAUUUUAUAUCAAGAAAAAUAUAGAAAGAUGCUAAAUGAAAAUAUUAAAUUCUUUUAUAAGAAGAUAAAAAAUAAAUUCUUGUUAUUGGUCUACAGUUUCUCUAGAAUCUUUUUUGUGUGUUCAUGUAACUUCGAAGUGCUGUAUCUUUAUAGCAUUAAAUGUGAAGAUUCGCAGUUUACGUCUACAUGACUCUUAAUAAAUUAUAAAUUUUGAAAC